AUGCGAGGCGAGAUCUGCCACAUUCACAUCGGCCAAGCUGGUACUCAGCUGGGUAAUUCCGCAUGGGAGCUGUACCUUCUCGAACACGGCCUCAAGCCUGACGGUCAUCACGAUGCUAGCAUCACUGAUGAAGUUGCCUCCAGUGGCUCCUACGAGACCUUCUUUACCGAGACCAGCGGUGGAAAAUAUGUUCCCCGCUCAAUCUUUGUUGAUCUUGAUCCGUCGCCCAUCGACGAGAUCCGUACUGGCACCUACCGCCAGCUCUUCCACCCAGAGCAGCUUAUCAGCGGCAAGGAGGAUGCAGCGAAUAAUUAUGCUCGGGGCCACUAUACUGUCGGCAAGGAGUUGGUUGAAUCAGUCGUCGAUAAAGUCCGACACGUGGCCGACAACUGCUCUUCUCUCCAGGGCUUCUUGAUCUUUCACUCUUUCGGCGGGGGUACUGGGUCUGGAUUCGGUGCCUUGCUACUGGAACAUAUCUCCACCGAGUAUGGCAAGAAAGCGAAGCUCGAAUUUUCGAUUUACCCAUCACCCCGUGUCUCCACAGCAGUCGUGGAGCCUUACAAUGCUGUUCUUUCCACCCACAGUACCAUUAAUUACUCCGACUGUACGUUCUUGGUCGACAACGAAGCUGUCUACGAUAUUUGCCGGCGAAACCUAGAUAUUCCUCGCCCUGGGUUUGACCACCUAAACCGCCUCAUCGCGCAGGUCGUUAGCUCAAUCACCACGAGCCUGCGCUUUGAUGGCGCCCUGAAUGUGGACUUGGCCGAGUUCCAGACUAACCUAGUUCCAUAUCCACGUAUUCAUUAUCCACUGAUCUCUUACGCCCCGGUCAUCUCAAGUAGCCGCAGCUCGCAUGAGAGUCACAGAGUGCAAGACAUCACCUUCCAAUGUUUUGAACCGAACAACCAGAUGGUGGUUUGCAACCCUCAAAAUGGCAAAUAUAUGGCAGUUUGCUUGCUGUACCGCGGAGAUGUCGUGCCGCGCGACUGCACACAGGCCGUGGCCGCCUUGAAGGCCAAAGCAUCCUUCAACCUCGUCGAGUGGUGUCCUACUGGUUUCAAGCUGGGUAUCAACUAUCAAAAGCCUAUGCGUGUUGCAGGAAGUGAACUCGCGCCAGUCGACCGAUCCGUCAGCAUGCUUUCUAACACUACCGCGAUUGCUGAAGCCUGGAGUCGGUUGGACCACAAGUUUGAUCUAAUGUACUCGAAGCGCGCCUUCGUGCACUGGUAUGUUGGUGAGGGUAUGGAGGAAGGGGAAUUCUCAGAAGCCCGUGAGGAUCUUGCUGCUUUGGAGAAGGAUUAUGAAGAAGUUGCAAGCGAUACGAUUGAGGAAGAGGUUGGCGUUGAGUACUAA